CUUCAGUGGGCAGUCGUAACCCUAACGCCGUCUAGGGAACAUGUGCUUGUGAAUUUAAUAGGAACAUUAAAUGAAACAUGUGUUGCACAUCGUGGCUUACUAUAUUUUUAGUAUGUGGCAGCCUAACGUCAUGGAGUUGUUUUGGACAAGUCAUCGUGGAUGAAGAUCGAACGUCUCAACCAGGAACAGACAACUUCAGGAUGUGUACGACUUCAGAGUUCCGUUGUAAUAAUAAUCGUUGCAUCCCAAAGCGGUGGGUAUGCGAUUAUCAGACAGACUGCGAUGAAGGCGAGGAUGAGCAGCAGUCGUGUCCGCCCCCGAAGUGCGAUGCGGACCAAUUCUCCUGCGGGGAAUACGUAUGGAAUCAUACAUACUGUAUUCCCACAUACCAACGCUGCGAUAUGGUCCGUGAUUGCAGUGAUAAUUCCGAUGAGGAGGGAUGUCAUUAUCGCACUUGUUUAGAAGAGGAUCACAAGUGCGGCUCGGGGCUGUGCAUCCCACCCACCCAAAAAUGCGAUGGAUACUUUGACUGUCGGGAUGAGUCGGACGAGUCUGGGUGCAAUAUAACGUCCUGUGUCAGAAGUAAAUUUCGUUGUAGCGAUAAAUGUAUAGAGGAGAAUCAAAAAUGUGAUCACAGAGACGACUGUGGGGACAAAUCGGAUGAAAAAGACUGUGAUUUCCCAGCAUGUCACGAAGAUCAGUUUCGAUGUGCUACUGCAUUGUGUAUUCCCCGUCGUUGGCACUGCGAUGGCCACAGUGAUUGCCCAGAUUCUUCAGAUGAAGCAAAUUGUACAGCCAUCGCUUGCCCAGACUCAAAAUUUUUAUGUGCAUCAGAAAACCGCUGCAUUGAGAAAUCAAAAUUGUGUGACAGUAUGAGAGACUGUGAGGAUGGCUCGGAUGAGAGAACUGCAUGUUCUGCAGAACUUUGUCCAAGUUUAGGCUGUGAGUAUGCUUGCCGAUCAUCUUUGGCAGGUGGGGAAUGUUACUGUCAACCUGGAAAGCAGGUUUCCAACGACACUCGAACGUGUACAGAUCGGGAUGAAUGUCAGGAAUGGGGUCACUGUGACCAACAUUGUGCCAACACUGAUGGGUCUUACAAAUGUUUAUGUACCAUAGGUUUCAUGAUAAGAAGUGAUGAUAAUAGAAAAUGCUCUGCUAUAAAUGUGUCUAAUGAACAUAAAAUGGCUCUUUACUUCACGCAUCACGAUCAGAUUUUGAAGCUAAGUAAUUCAGGUGAAGGAGCUAAAGAAGUCAUCACCAAUACCACUUCAGCUUCAGGGUUGGAUUAUCAUUAUAAAAAGGAUCUGCUGUACUGGUCAGAUGUAGAGACUAGAAAAAUAUACUCCCAGAAAUUCCGUGGGAGAGAUAAUGGAGCAGAAACAACACUGACUCUUCCAGGCUCUCUUACGCCAGGAGCCUUGGCAGUUGAUUGGGUUGGAGACAAACUUUACGUUGUUGACAUUCUAGGUCAAAAAGUAGAUGUUUUUGAAAUAUUAGGUCGUUAUCAUGCCAUUGUUCUGUCCACUAAUAUAAGUGAACCUCAAGAUAUUGGCUUGGACCCUACAAAAGGACUUAUGUUUGUCGCUGAUACUGAUCGUAUCAUACGUGCUGAUAUGGAUGGAACCAACAUCCAAGCUCUUGUUGAAGAUGUAAUAUAUAAGGCAUCGGGUAUUGCUGUUGAUGUCAUUGGGAAACGCAUCUUUUGGUGUGAUUCUUUACUGGAUUAUAUUGAAACAAUCUCAUAUGAGGGAACUGGAAGGACAGUCAUCAUCAGAGGGUCUUCAAAUGUUCCCGCACCCAAUCGUCUUACAUUAUUUGAAAGUAAUGUGUACUGGACGGAUAGUACUCGGCAAGGUGUUCUUCGCGUAGACAAGUUUGAAGGGAAGGCUUCAAUUCACACAGUUUAUCGCAAUCCCAACAAAACUCAGGAUCCAAAGGCCAUAAAAGCUGUUCAUGCAUUGAUGCAGCCACCAGUUCUUAAUCCAUGUGGAGUUAGUAAUGGAGAAUGUGACCACAUGUGCAUAGUGACUUACGGAUCAACUCGUCUUGGCUAUCGAUGUGCAUGUGAUAUUGGAUAUAAAUUGAACCCAGACCAAAAGAAAUGUUCAAUGGUGACAGAAUUCUUGAUGUACUCUCAACAAAAAUUCAUCAAGGGUCAAGUUUUAGAUCCAGUAUCAGAGAAUUUCAAUGAUGCCAUUAAUCCAAUUGUUUCUAAAACUGGAAGAUUUGUUGGUCUUGACUUUGAUGCACGUAAUGACUACAUCUACUACUCUGAUGUUAGUCUGGAUGUUAUAUACCGUGUAAAAAGGACAGGAACUGGUCGUCAGAACUUAUUGGCAUCACAGAAUGAAGGUGUAGAAGGCUUAGCAUUGGAUUGGAUUUCCAAGAAUCUUUAUUACAUUGACAGUCGUAAAGGAACUCUAAAUGUCCUUUAUACUGAAAAACCAGAGUACAGAAAAGUUCUGCUUAGUGAUCUCAAACGUCCUAGGGCAAUAGUUGUACAUCCUAACAAAGGGUAUAUUUUCUACUCCGAAUGGGACCGUCCAGCAAACAUCAGUAGAACUUUUCUUGAUGGCACUAAUAUAAUGGUAUUUAGAAACGUGUUGCUAGGAUGGCCUAAUGGGCUGUCAGUUGAUUAUGCAACAGAUCGUAUAUACUGGUGUGAUGCUUUGUUAGACCAUGUACAGCAUGCAAACUUGGAUGGUACUGAUGUUAAAACCAUAAGUUCUCAGAGUAUACGACAUCCAUUCUCCCUUGUAAUAUUUGAUGAUUGGCUGUAUGUGACAGAUUGGCGUCGUGAUGCCAUAUUGAAAAUGAAUAAAACUGAUGGUUCCCAAGAAAAAAUUGUUGCCCAAGUGGCUGAGAGUAAUCGUUUAUAUGGUAUUAGAAUCUACAGCAGAAGAGCACAGGUUAUUGAAGAACAUCAUCCAUGCAAUGGUGCAAAUCCUUGUGAAAAAUUUUGCUUCCCAGUUCCUGGCAAUGACAGUUCCUUAGUAGCUAAAUGUGGAUGCCCUGUAGGAGAGAGGUUACGUUCUUCAGAUGAAAAGACUUGUGAAGUAGAUCCGGAGGCUAAGCCCAUGGAUCCUUCAUGUGCCCCAUGGGAUUUCACAUGCUCCAAUGGAAGAUGUAUUCAGAAAACUUGGGUCUGUGAUGGAGAUGAUGAUUGCCUUGAUAACUCAGAUGAGGAACAGAACUGCACUAAAGUUACUUGUCGUGAAGACGAAUUUCAGUGUCAGUCAGGACGUUGCAUUCCCAACACUUUUAAAUGUGACUCAGAUAAUGACUGUGGAGACUUUUCCGAUGAAACGGGCUGUUUGAAUAUUACCUGUGAAGCUUCAUAUUUCCAGUGUGAUAAUGGUAGAUGUAUACCGAUGAAUUGGAAAUGUGACUCGGAGAAUGAUUGUGGUGAUAGUUCAGAUGAAGGAGACUUCUGUGCCAAUAAAACUUGUUCCUACUACCAGUUCACAUGCCCCAGUACAGGGGCUUGUAUUCCACAGGCUUGGGUAUGUGAUGAUGAUAAUGACUGUUAUGAUAACAAGGAUGAGGAAGGGUGUCCUCCAAUUGCUUGUACAGCAGCCCAAUUUAAAUGUAAUAAUCAAAAGCAGUGUAUACAUGAGUCUUACAAAUGUGAUGGAAUUCCUGAUUGUGAUGACUCCUCUGAUGAAUAUGGCUGCCCCACAAUUGGACCACAUCAAUGUAAUGAAGAAAAUCAGUUUAGAUGUGAACUCUCAGGCAUAUGUAUUCCAAAAAGUUGGAAAUGUGAUGGAACUGCUGAUUGUGAAGACUCCUCUGAUGAGCCUGAUACUUGUGGAGAGGUUACAUGUGGUGCUAAUUACUUCCGUUGCAACAAUUCUCGCUGCAUCUUCCAUUCUUGGAUUUGUGAUGGUGAAAAUGAUUGUGGUGAUAGUUCUGAUGAAAACAAUGCUGAUUGUGGGAAGAAAGCCUUUAGAUGUGGUUCUGAUAUGUGGCAGUGCGAAGGAGUAGAGGACACUUGCAUUAAUAAAACUAAAGUUUGUGAUAAUGUCAAGGAUUGUCCCAAUGGCUCUGAUGAAGGCCUUGGAUGCACGGAAGAUGACUGUAGCUCUGCCGGUGUUGAAUGUUCUGUGUCUUGUAUGCAGACUCCAAAUGGUCGAGAAUGUACAUGUAAAAAGGGAGAACAGCUGAAAGAGGGAAGUGAAACAGAAUGUGAAGACAUCGACGAAUGUAACCCACCAGGCAUAUGUUCUCAGGGUUGUAGUAAUUUUAAAGGAUCAUAUGAAUGUUCAUGCAAUGAGGGCUACUUACUAGAUGCUAACAAAGCAACCUGCAAGGCAAUAAAUCACACUGAAGCCUUCUUGGUGAUAAGUAACAGAAGAAGUAUUUUGAUAUCUGACUUGCAUCAACGCAAUUUAGAGAGAGUUCCAGUUGUAGUAGAAAAUGUUGUAGCAACAGCUUCAGAUAUGAAGAAUGGAACACUGUUUUGGUCUGAUAUGAAAGUGAAGCAGAUUGUUAAGUUGGAGAAGGGAGGCCAAGCAGAAGUGUUGAUUGGAAAUGGACUGGAUCUUGUUGAAGGACUGGCCUAUGACUGGAUUACAGGCAACAUUUACUGGGUUGAUUCUCGAUUAAAGGCACUAGAAGUUGCAAAACGAGAUGGUUCUGGCCGCAUGAUUCUCAUCAACAAGAAUAUAUCGCAACCAAGGGGCCUAGCUGUGGACCCAUUGAGAGGUGGACGAUGGUUGUUCUGGACAGACUGGGGCGAAAACCCAAGGAUUGAACGCUCAAGUCUGGAUGGCAAGACAAGAUCUGUCAUAAUCAAUACCAAGAUUUUCUGGCCAAAUGGAUUAACAUUAGAUAUUCCUACAAAAAGGAUUUAUUUUGCAGAUUCAAAGCUCGAUUACAUUGACUUCUGCAAUUAUGAUGGAACUGGUAGACAACAAGUUUUAUCGCAGAGCCAUUACCUUCUACAUCCUCACUCAUUGUCAAUAUUUGAGGAUUAUGUAUACUGGACUGAUCGACAGCUAAACAGAGUGCUUUCAGUUCACAAGUAUCAUGGCAAUAAUGAGUCCGUUGUUUCACAUCUAGUGUCUCAGCCUCUUAGCAUUCAUGUACACCAUAGAGUUCUUCAGCCUAUAGAAGAAAAUCCUUGCAUUUCAAAUCCUUGCCAACACAUGUGUCUCUUGAAGCAACCCUCUGGAUACACAUGCUUGUGUCGCCCUGGAUACAAAGAGCAAGACGGGAAAUGUAAUCUGGAUGAAUCUGCAUUCCUAAUGGUAAUGAAGGGUGCUCAAAUUGUUGAUUUGAAAAUGGAGGAUGAAAAAGGAAGUGCUGGAUUUCUUACCCCAAUUGUUGGUGUUGAAAAUGGACUGCAGCUUGAUUAUGAUAGUCAGACUAACAGAAUAUUUUGGAUUGAAUCAAUUACUAAAGAUAGUGAAAAUGGUACCAUCUAUACUAUGGAUAUUGGUGGGGGUAACAAGACUACAUAUUUUGACCUUGGCAUUGUUGGAUCACCUUAUACAAUGGCUUGGGAUUGGAUUGGUGGUAACAUGUACAUUGGGAAUCGUGUGGCAAACAAUAUUGAAGUCCUGAAGCUAGAUGGAAGGAACAAGUACCAGAGUGUUAUCCUUGACAAUAAUGGCAACAGCACUGGUGUUGGAAGGCCUAAGUCAAUGUGUCUUGAUCCUGUUAAUGGUUUCCUGUAUUGGUUAGAUGAUGGUGGUGUUGGAGUUCAACCGAAAAUAGGGAAAGUAGGAAUGGAUGGAUCAAAUCCAGAAGUUCUGUAUAACUUUACAAAUCUUCGGCCAGAACACAUUACUAUUGAUAUCAUUGCUCAACAACUGUAUUGGUCAACAAGUAAUGAAGCUCAGAUUAUGACUAGUGAUGUAAAUGGUAACAAUGUCAGGACACUUUUGAGCAGUGAGAACCACAUAUCAAAACCCAGGUCCUUAGCCGUUUAUGAAGGAAAAUUAUAUUACCUGGAUUCUGUCUACGAAAAGGUGGAACGAGUUGAGCUUCCAGACGGUAACAAACCUGAAACUUUAAUGGAAAAUGAAGCUGAUCUCAAAGCUCUGAAAGUGUUUGAGAAACGACCAGCUUCUCCUGGUAGUCCUUGUAAGGUGGGCAAUGGAGGAUGUGAGCACAUAUGUAUUCCGAAGUCUAAUAAACAGCGAUCUUGUAGAUGUACAACUGGGUACAAGCCUGAUGGAGAGAAAGCUUGCAAACCUUAUGAAAAGUUUGCUAUUGUGUCACAGCUAGAAAUUGUUAGAGGGUACAGUUUAGAUGGUGCAGGAGAGGCAAUGUCUCCCAUUGCUGGUCCAGGUCAUAAUGUUCUACAUGUAGAUUAUCAUUAUUCCAAGAACUACAUUUAUUGGAUUGAAUUUAACCAAGGUGGCAAAAAUGGUAUUUAUAGAAGUAGACCAAAUGGUUCAGAGCUUGAAGGUGUUAUAGUUGAUGGUAUAGGCUCUAAUGGCAUCCGUGGCAUAGCAGUGGAUUGGAUUGCAAAUAAUUUGUACUUCACAAAUAUUUUUCCUCAUGAAACGUAUGUUGAGGUCUCAUGGUUAGAUGGCACCAACAGAAUGGUUCUAAAGAGUUUAACCAAAGAUUCACCACGUGAGUUAGCUGUAAAUCCUAUCAAGAGGUAUCUGUACUGGAUUGACUAUGGCCAGUUCCCAAUGAUUGGUAGGUCAUUACUGGAUGGCUCAAAGUGGGAACCAAUUGUAACUGCGGAUGUCAGCACACCACGUGACAUUACAAUUGAUAUGUUUACGCAUGAUGUAUACUGGGUGGAUUCUUUCCUAGAUUCUAUUGGCAAGGUAACAUUCAAUGGAGGAAAUAGACAGCUAAUUCGUCGACAGCUGCCAAAUCCUUUGGGUCUAGCUCUUUCCAAUGAGAAUAUUUACUGGAUAGACAGAAAUUUAGCGACCAUUUUCCGCGCUUCUAAAUAUCCUGGGAACACAACACAACCUGAAAUAUUCAAGACUAAUAUGGAAAACCUUCGGGAUAUUGCCAUAUUUGAUAUCAGUAAUCAGCCGUCAAAGGUUGAUACACCAUGUACUCGGUUAGGCAAUGGUGGAUGCGCUCAACUAUGCUUCUCAUUCCCUAGUGAGGAGCCAAGCCUUCCAAGGUAUCGGUGUGAAUGUGCUUCAGGUGUUCUUGCACAGGACAAGAGAAGUUGUGAGGAUUCAAAAGAAUUUCUGGUCUAUGCAACAAGAACAGAAAUUCGAAGCUUAUCUCUCACUGUGAGGAGUAACACAGUGCCUUUUGACACGGUGGAAGGGUUAACUAACGUAGUUGGUAUUGAUUUUGAUUAUAAAGACAAGCAGCUUGUGUUUACACAAAUACGACCAGACACAAAAAUUGCUAAAGUGCCCUCAUCAACUCCAAGUAUGGAAAGCAUUACGCCUAUUCUUGAAAAAGGAAUAAAUCCUGAAGGAGUAGCAUAUGACUGGACUUCCAAGAAAAUUUAUUGGACUGAUUCUGCAAACAACAGCAUAUAUGCCAUGGACAGUAAUGGUGAAAAUAUUGUUAUGAUUAUUCAGGUGGAGCGGCCCAGAGCAAUAGUAUUGGAUCCAUGCAGGGGGCACAUGUACUAUACAGACUGGGGAAGGUUUGGAACUUCAGGAAAGAUUUAUCGGGCCACUAUGGCUGGAUCCUUCAGGGAAGUAAUUGUAGGUGAUGAGUUAUCACAGCCAAGUGGUCUAGCCAUUGAUUAUGAUGAUGAAAUGCUUUACUGGACUGAUGCUGUUAAAGAAAAAAUUGAAAGAGCUUACCUUAAUGGAACUAAUAGACAGGUUCUCAUUACUGCAACAAUUUAUCCUUUUGCGAUAACAGUACAUAAACAUUUUAUUUACUGGACUGACCUGCAACUUCGAGGAGUAUUCAGAGCAGAGAAGUACACUGGUGCCAAUGUAAUUGAGAUGGUAAGGAGACUGGAAGAAUCCCCGAGAGACAUUCAUGUAUUCUCAGAUGAACGCCAGAAGUGCAACAUCAAGCCAUGUGAUAUCAAUAACGGUGGUUGUGCUCAGUUCUGCAUCCCAAGCACAGAUAAUAAAGUUGAAUGUAGAUGCAAUACUACACUGAAAUUAGUGAAUGAAAAUAAGAUGUGUGUACCACAGAAUUACAGCUGUGAACCUAACAAAUUUUUCUGUGCCAAUGGAAAGUGUAUUUCUCGAUUAUGGGCCUGUGAUGGCUCAGAUGAUUGUGGAGAUAAAUCUGAUGAGGACAAAAAUUAUUGCACUUACCAUACCUGCAGUCCAAGUGAGUUCCGAUGCAAGAAUGGGCGUUGCAUUUUUGCAACAUGGAAGUGUGAUCAUGAGGAUGAUUGUGGUGAUCGUUCAGAUGAAGAAGAAUGUGAAUAUCCUCCGUGCGCUGAUGGGGAAUUUACUUGUGCUAACCAUCGUUGUAUCCCAGAGUCGCAGGUUUGUAAUGGUGUGAAUGACUGCAAAGAUAAACACACUUCAGAUGAAGCUAGUGACCGUUGUCCUGAAGUUACUUGCCCAGCAAAUCACCUGAAAUGUGAAAAUACAACAAUCUGUGUUGAACCCUACUGGCUCUGUGAUGGAGAUAAUGAUUGUGGAGACAAUUCAGAUGAAAAUAAACUUCACUGCUCUGAACGAUCUUGUCCUCCCAACAGUUUUAGGUGUCCCAAUCACCGCUGUAUCCCAGGCACAUGGCAUUGUGAUGGAGAUGAUGAUUGUGGAGAUGGAGCAGAUGAACCAGAGGAAUACUGUGAGCAAGAAGGUCGCACUUGUUUCGGGGAUCUUUUUACGUGUGACAAUGGCAAUUGUGUACCUAAAAUUUACUUGUGUGAUGGUGAUAAUGACUGUUUAGAUGGAUCAGAUGAGGAUGAUCGUCAUAAGUGCAAUAAUCGGAAGUGUGAUGGAGAUACUGAAUUCACUUGCAAUGAAAACAAGCAGUGGGGACGUGCAAUGUGUAUCCCAAGGAAAUGGGUCUGUGAUGGUGAUCCAGACUGUGUAGAUGGAGCUGAUGAAAAUUCCACUAUGUUAAAUUGCCCUAAACCUACUGCCUGUGCUGAAAACGAAUUUCAGUGUCAAAACAGACGUUGUAUUAGCAAGGAUUGGGUGUGUGAUUUUGACAACGAUUGUGGGGAUGGGUCUGAUGAAGGCGUGGAGUGUAAUAAGAAGUAUCGCCUUUGCACUGCUGAUGAGUUCAACUGUAAAAGUGGAAAAUGCAUUCGCAAAUCAUACCAUUGCGAUGGGGAGGAUGACUGUGGUGAUAAUUCUGAUGAAGUUGGAUGUGAGCCGGAAAAGAAAUGUCAGCCUGGAGAAUUCCAGUGUGGUGAUGGAAAGUGCAUACAAAUGAAUAUUGUAUGCAAUAAAGUUAGCGACUGCAGCGAUGAUUCUGAUGAACCUCUACAUUGUAAUGUGGAUGAAUGUGCAAAGGUUGAGCUGCAUCAGUGUGGUCACAAAUGUAUCAAUACAUUAAUUGGCUUUGAAUGUGCUUGCAACCAAGGUUACAAAUUAAUGCGUGACAAAAGAGCCUGCGAAGAUAUAAAUGAAUGUGUAGAAACGCCUGGAGUUUGCUCACAGAAAUGCUUCAAUACACCUGGGUCUUACAAUUGUAAAUGUGAUGAAAAAUAUUAUGAACGUGAGCCAGAUGGCCACACAUGUAAAAGAACUGACAGCACACCACCUUGGGUAUUCUUCACAAAUAAAUAUUAUGUCAGGAGGCUAACGACAGAUGGCUCCACAUACAUGCUUAUGCAUCAGGAUUUGAGAAAUGUUGUAGCCCUAGACUUUGAUGACAAGGAAGAAAUGAUAUAUUUUGCUGAUGUGACAGCAAAAACAAUCUAUCGAGCUAAAAUAAAUGGGAGUGAAAAAGAGGAAGUCAUUAAACAUGAUAGCCAUGGACUAGAGGGUCUUGCAGUUGAUUGGAUAGGAAGAAAAAUUUACUGGCUAGAUAGACAUAGCAAACAACUAGAUGUAGCAGAGUUGAAUGGUACUAAUCGCAGAACAUUAAAAGCAGAUAGCAUAAAUGAUCCAAGAGCAGUAGCAGUUCAUCCUGGUAUUGGGUACGUUUACUUCACAGAUUGGCACUUACAGACUUACAUUGGCCGUAUUGGUAUGGAUGGCUCAAACUUCUCUCGUGUUCUUGGCUUUGAAGAUAAAGUAAUAUGGCCCAAUGCUCUCACUUUUGACUACUUUGCAGAUCGAAUAUAUUGGGCUGAUGCUCAUCUUGAUUACAUUGCUUAUGCUGAUCUGGAUGGCAAAAACCGUCAUGAAGUAAUGAGAGGGUCACGUGUGCCUCAUGUCUUUGCUAUCUCAGUAUUUGAUGAUUAUAUGUACUGGACUGAUUGGAACCUAAAGGCAGUGUUGAAAGCAAACAAAUUUACUGGUGAAGGAUUCCAGGCUCUACGAAACACAACUCACCGCCCAUAUGAUAUUCAGAUUUAUCAUCCUUUACGUCAGCUACCUUAUGAUAAUCCAUGUGGUGAUAACAAUGGAGGUUGCUCCCAUUUGUGUUUGUUAUCUCCUAGAGAAAAUGGAACAGUUGGAUAUAGCUGUGCCUGCCCAGAUCAGUUUUACUUAGAAAAAAAUAACAAAACUUGUAUUGCAAAUUGUACAAAAGGCCAAUUCCGCUGUGCAGGUGCUGAUGACAAAUGUAUUCCAAAAUAUUGGAGAUGUGAUGGUGAAAAAGACUGCGCUGAUGGGACUGAUGAGCCACCCGGUGACAUUUGUCCCCCGCGAAAAUGUCGUGCAGGACAGUUCCAGUGUGAGGAUGGUAAUGGUUGUGCUGCUGCUACACAGCUCUGCGAUGGACAGAAUGAUUGUCCUGAUGGAUCGGAUGAAAAGGAUUGUCAUCUAGAGUGUACAUUGUUAGAAUUCAAGUGUAAGUCAACAGGCAAGUGCAUCAACAUUGCUUGGAAAUGUGAUGGUGAUAAAGAUUGCUCAGAUGGUUCUGAUGAAGGAGACGAAUGUGUCAGGAGAAAGUGUAAUGAGGAGACCGAAUUUUCUUGCAAGAACGGCAAGUGUAUUUCAAAGCAGUGGUAUUGUGAUUUAGAUAAUGAUUGUGGCGACCAUUCUGAUGAACCAGCAUUCCUUUGUAGACAGCAGAACUGCACUGAUGGCUGGAGAAAGUGUCCAGGAAAUGCAAAUUAUCGAUGCAUUCCAGAGUGGCUCUUCUGUGAUGGAAAGGAUGAUUGCCGUGAUAAUACAGAUGAAGAAUUAGAUCACUGUCCAAAAUGUCAUGAAAAUGGAGAUUUCCAAUGCAAGAACAGGCGUUGCAUUCCAAAACGCUGGCUGUGUGACUUUGAAAAUGAUUGUGGAGACAAUUCUGAUGAGGAUGAAGAAAUGUGCCAUACUCAGUACAGGGAAUGCUCUGAAAGUGAAUUUAGAUGUAAUAACAACAAAUGCAUUCCUAGUCGGUGGAGAUGUGAUCAUGAUAAUGAUUGUGGUGAUAAAUCUGAUGAAGAAAACUGCAGCCAGCACGAGUGCAGGGAAGGGCAGUUCCAGUGUGUAUCAGGACACUGCAUUCCAGAGCACUUCAAAUGUGAUGGAGCACGUAAUUGCCAUGAUCUCAGUGAUGAAUCUGAUUGUCCACCGAGAUAUCCUGGAGAACGAUAUUGUCCAGAAGAGAAGUUUGAGUGUGACAACCACUUGUGUGUUGACAUGCGAGAUUUGUGUGAUGGCACUAGUGAUUGUUAUGAUAAUUCAGAUGAACGUGAAAGUCUAUGCAGUAACUACACUUGCAAUACAUUGAGGCGCUUCCAGUGCAAUAACCAUAAGUGUGUUCCAUUAUAUCAAAAAUGUGAUGGUAUUGACAAUUGUGGUGAUGGCUCUGAUGAAAAUAAUAUGACCAUAUGUUCACAUCGACCAAGACCAUGUAUAUUCAAUGAAUUCCGCUGCGCAAAUGAAAACUGCAUUGAAAAGAGUAAAGUUUGUGAUCAUGCUGAUGACUGUGGGGAUAACUCAGAUGAACUAGGAUGCCAUGGAUCUUCAAAUUGUUCAGCUAGUGGCUGUGAACAGACCUGCACGGAGCUUGAUGGUGGCGGUUUUGUUUGUCAUUGUUUCAGAGGAUUCAGAAUAUCACCAGAUAAUUCCAAACAAUGUCUUGACAUUGACGAAUGUGCAGAAUUCACUCAUAAUUGCUCCCACUUAUGCACAAACUUGAAUGGAACCUAUGCUUGUUCAUGCCGUGAAGGUUUCACUCAAGAGAUUAAUGGCGUCUGUAGAUUGACUGAAGGAGCUAUUACUUUGGUGUACUCUGAUAGUCCUCAAAUUAGAGCUUUCAAUUUGACAUCCAAUAGGGCAUUGAGUGUUGUAAAGGGAGAUAGCAUUGAAUCACUGGAUUAUGAACCCAGGUCAGGGAUUGUGUACUGGACAGAUGCAUAUGGGAAAACUAUAGAAAGGUCAUAUCUGCCUGGAUCACCAGAGAGAGCAAAUGUAACAAGAGGUUAUGCUCAAAACUUAGAAAUUAAAAGUAGAGCAAAACCAACUGGUAUUGCAGUUGAUUGGGCUGGCAUGAACCUCUACUGGACUGAAACAGAUCGCACUGGAAAUAAACCACGUGGUGCUGUAUUGGUUGCUACCAUUGAUGGGCGAUAUCGUCACACAGUCAUUGCAACUGGAUUAGAGGAUCCUACAUCUGUUGUUGUUGAUCCAGAUCAUGGCAUAAUGUUCUGGACAGAUAUUGGGUCAAUUCCUAAAAUAGAAACUUCAUGGAUGGAUGGGAGCAAAAGAAGAAUAUUAGUCUCGGAUACUAUCAGCCAACCAACAGGCUUAACUAUAGAUUAUGCUAUGGAACAUGCUAUAUACUGGAUUGAUGCAAAACUGAACAAGAUUGAAAUGAUGAGGGAAGAUGGUUCCAAGCGAACGCUAGUAGCAUCUGGUAGCCAGCUAAAACAUCCCCUAUCUCUUGAUGUCUUUGAAUCUAGUUUGUACUGGGUAACACGAGACUCGGGUGAAAUCUACAAAAUGGAUAAAUUUGGACGUGGAGUUCCUGUCAAACUUCCCGGAGAGUUUUUGAAUCCUUCAGGCAUUAAAGUUUUUGCAGACAAACGCUACAAUACAUCGACAACAAGCAAAUGCCAGCGCGAUACUCCUUGUAGCCACUUAUGUCUCAUAGUUCCAGGAGGCCAUAAGUGUGCUUGUCCAGACAACAAAGGAUUUAAAGAUACUUAUCCUGCUUGCGGUGCUCCCCAUGAGCCCAUCAAGCCUAAACCCCUUGGAUGUGGAUGCUUAAAUGAGGGAGUCUGCACCCUCAACAGUUCAAAUGUUCUUCGAUGUGAAUGCCUGGACAACUUCUCUGGAGAAUUAUGUGAAAACUUUGUUGCUCGUAGACACAUAUCUCCCCCACAAUGGUCUGGAGCAACUGUAAUUGUUCCUAUUGUACUAAUUAUCUUGGUUUUAGCAGCUCUCGUUGCUCUGUACGUCUUCUUUAAUCGCCGGCAUAUAACUCUAAAAGGAAGAGGGCUACCAGGUUCAAGUGUGGUAUUUAGACAAGGAACUAAUGUUGAAAUUGGACCCCCAUCAUUUAUGGCGUCACAUGAUGGUGCAAAUGGAGUACCUCUUGACGGAGAUGUUAACCUUGGAGAAAUUGCGGGGAAGAAUCAUAACUUCAGUAAUCCCAUGUAUGAUGCUGUUGGGUCCAUGGAAGGUGGUUCUGUGGAACAAGCAGGGUCAAAAGGGUUAUAUGAAGUGCCCUUAGAUACGAGCAAAAGUAAAGUCCUGAACUUGGAGGGGCAGGAAGCAAGUAAUGGUACACCACUAACAGCUGCCCCAGCUUUAGCUGUGCUUUCUCCUUCGGCAAUGAUGCAGAAGGCUUCACCAAAUAUUCAGCUUCGCAAAAAAGAACUUAGUCCUUCCAGCAAUGACACUGGUAAAGAUACGCAAAAGUUAGUGGUGGAGGAUGAUAAUUCUGAAUGCUAAAACUGUAUAAAAAGUAUAUAUAUAAAUAUAGAUAUAUAUAAAAGACAUAUAUGGCAACUUACCCAGAAUGGUUUUACAUUUGCCACAACCUUAUGCCUAGGGAUGCCGUCCCAAAUUAAACCAGAUGAAUAUUAUAUUUCAGAAACUAUAGAUUUGACUGCCGUAUUAUAUUUUUGAGAACUUGAGUGUUGAAAAGCACUUUUUAAGAAAAUACUAAUAAAUCCUUAUAUAUUGUUUCAUACAAUGAGGUACCAUAAAUAAUUUCUGGUGCUUGGUGUGUUGAAAGUGAUAUGUGGAAACUGAAAUAUGUGAUGCACUGUACAUCUUUUAUUUCAUUCAAAUGAACGAACAUUGAGAGAACAUAGCUCAUGGAAAAUAUGGUACUAUACUGUUUUCACAUAUACAAUGUAUUUUUUACUAUUAAAUACAUUGAAGAGAAAUUGUAAAUUAGUCUAUUUUUACACAAACAUAUAGACUGUGUAUCAUCAUAGUAUCCUCAAAUUUUUAGAAACUACUUUUAGGACCCUAAACCUGAAAUACUGCCUUUUUCUGUAGUGUUAUUUCUUAUGUAUAUUUUUUAUUUCCUUGUUUUAGAGGCAUUGACUGGAAAUAGGUUUAUAACAAGAGGCCAAUUUGUUUAGUUUGUAAUAAAACAGAGCCGUCCAUGUUAAAUAUGAAUUUGACAUUCCAUGUGAUUAGAAGUAUUUUUGAUGUACUUAUUUGAGAAUAUUAUUAUAUGUACAACUUUUGUUAAUGAAUAGUGAUAGACUUAAUAUCAUUAUGUGGUUACCUGACACUUUUUUUCCUUGUAGUAGAGGUUAAGAAGUGACUUUUAUUUUCAAAUAUUUAGGUACCCACCUGUUUUAUGCCCUACUGUCAUCAAUAGGGCUUUAGUUGUAAAUGCUGAACAGGCACCACUGCUUUUACCAAUGGACUCCUUUAUUCCUGUAAAUAAUGGUAUGUAUAUAUUAUGUGAAGACAUAUUUGAUUUAGCUUUGAAUGCAAGAGUGAAGUUGUAUACAGUAUCGUGUAAAUUAAAGUGUGUUUUUCACCAUCAUUUACAUGAUUGUUGUCAAUAUUUGACAUUCACAGAUGUACUGCAUAAUGUUACAUGGUCCUAUCUUGUUAUUUUACUGAUGUGGUUGUAUUAUGUUGAUUUGUUUCCAUUGUUAUAGGCAGUGCAAUAAUGAAUAAUGUUUUAUAUAAAAGUUUUAAUAGUA